UAAUUUAAAACUGAGAGUUGCAUAAAUGUGCAAGAGACAGUCAACAAGUAUAUGUCAGCUGUUUUAUUUUGAGCCCAGGUGAUACAAUACCUGUGGGUGUGCCACCUACCGCAAUAACAAUAGUGUUCACACGCACAUGGAGAAUUCGGCGGCGACGCCGACGACGACAACAAACAAAACAACAACGUCAAAGAAACGCAGGCACAGCGAAUAUCAUGAUCCCGAUUAUGGUUUCGACUACGACAGCUCCGCCACUGGCUCCCAUGUGGAGAAGCGCGUCAAGCAAGAGCAAGAAUACCCAGAGAAUGACGAGCAGCAGCAGCCUGAGCAGAGAAUCCCUGUUACCAAUGUUGAAAGUGUGGCACAAUUAAAGCGCAUCGAGCAAAUUAUUUACGCCGAAUUCCAAAAGGAAUUGACCCUAAAGGAGCAACAGUUGGGCGAGAUCGAUGGCCGACUUUCGCAAGCACGCCAGCUCUUGGACAAGCUGCGUUACCAUGUGGUCAACGACUACUAUAAGAAGCAACAAGUUCCGCUAACAGCUCCCGAUGUGGCCCGGGUACGAUCCAGCGACACAUUAUUUGGGGAUGGGCUUGAAAGUGCCGGAGCGCAGCUGCCCUUGCAUCCGGCCAUCAAAAAGAUUGUGGGCAAACGGCCAGCUCCCAUCCAGCUGCAUCUGCCAGAGCGCACAGCUGCAACGUUGGCAAAACAGACGAUUAGGCUGCGUAAUCCGGCACAUCGACGAGCCGAGCGUCGACGGCAACAAAAGAUACGCGAGCAGGGCAUUGUUACGGAUCACACGCAGGAGACGCGCAAGGAGCCGGAAGUGGCUAGCGGCGAGGAACAGCCCUGCACCAGCAGGCAGGCGGCAUACAAACAGCAAAUGGAACUGGAGGCAUCUGUGCCGGCACUCAAUACCUCCCGCUUGAACAACAAAAACAAGUUUCAUUUUGUGGUGGGCAACACAUCCAAGUAUCUAGGUGGUGUGGAUUCGGAUGUCCAAAAUGGUCAGGCGCUUGCCUACAAAUGGUUGGUCUAUGUGCAAGGCAAAAAUCUGCCAAUGCCACCGGAGACGUACUUGAGAAAGGUGCGCUUCCAAUUGCAUCAUUCAUAUCGACCCAAUGACAUUGUGGAUGUGCAUUCGCCUCCCUUCCAGUUGACACGUCGAGGCUGGGGUGAGUUCCCCAUGCGUAUACAGCUCUAUUUCCAGGAGCAUCUGCAGCAGAAGCCUGUCCAGCUAAUGCAUACUAUUGUGCUGGACAAGACGAUGUGCGGCUUGCACACCAUGGGUGGCGAGACUACUGUGGAGGUUUGGCUGCGUGCUGAUAUUCCUGACACGAAGACGACGACGACGACAACGCCAACGUCUACGGAAGUCAAGAAAGAACCGCUGAUGGCAACAACACCUGCAAUAAAAACACUAUCUCCACCGCUGGACAGUUCCAAGCCGCGCACCAUUUCCAUUACGCAGAACAAAGAGGAUCUGGAUGAUAAUCUGUUUGCGUGCAUUAACAAAAUCGAGCUAAGCGAUGACAUUGAACAAAUCGAGCCCACUGUGCUCGUCUCGGAGCAGCUGAAGCUGAGCAGCCCCAAAAAGCAGACACAAACAGUUUCCAUCGAGCAUGAACCUGUCCCAAAACCCAGUUUUGCAGUCAAUGGCGGCAGUAGUGGUUACAAAAGUCAACAGCUGCGCAACGGACACAACAAAGCGCAAGUGAAGAACGUUGUCUUUCAGAAAGCGGGAAAGCUCUACAUAAUUGAUCCGCUGCAAUCGAAGUUGAAGCAGGCCGCCAAGCAGCAAUCGCUGCUCAAGCCGCAGCUCAGUCUGCUCAAGCAGCCAACACAGCAGUUGUCCAAGCGUUGGCACCUGCUGCAGUGCAUCCAAAACGAUCACGGUUAUGCGAAUAUGAGCAGCCAGGAGGAGCUGCCAGUGCCAGCGUCGCCACUAAGCCAGCGUCUGAGUCUCGAGCAGCGCUUUUGCGGCACACAGUUCCAGAGUAUGCGGAGUGCUGUGGAGUUUCUGCUGCGCCGGCUGCCACUGACUAGCACAAUGAUGGUCAGUGAAUUUGCCUUUGGCAGACAUAGCCCGGCUGCAUUCCAAGCGCAGUCGGCCUUGCGUCAACGCUUCUUCGAAUGCAUGCGCGGACGCACCUUGUUGCGCUGCAUGCGGCAACAUCAACGACUUCAGCACCUGCAUGCUAGCAAGAAGGAGCACUUCUGGAGCAUACGCGAGAUUGUGGCCUUUGCACGCUUGCACGGAUAUACGCCGCCCUUAAAGAUGCUAACGGUCAGCCGGCAAAGAGCUAGCUCAGCGUCAUUACCCUUAUCGGAGCGUGUGCAACAGCAACUAAAGGAGGAGCCGCAGCCGCAACUAUUGGCCUUUUCAACGCUCACCCCAUGCUCCCGCCUGAACAGCUGGCUGGCACAACAGACGAAACGCCUGCCAAGUCGUAAAAGAAUCGUAGACGACCAACAGCUAGUCGACGUGGUUGGACUGAAUCCGCCUAGCUUGAAAAGACCACGGCCUCCCAAUUUAUCUGACCAUUUAAUAAAUCGUCAGUUGCUAUAUUUACCGCCGCCCGAGGAACUCGACGCAUCCACGCAGCUGGUGCACGACAUGUGCAAAGAUGUGGGCAUUGUUCUCAAUGCAGAAAUCAGCGUUCCAGGCGUAUCUCAGUCCCUGGCGCUCACCGUACUCGCGCAUGUGCUUCGAAUGUUCAUCGAGAAGUUGGUGCGUCGCGCCGUGGCUGCCAAACUGCAGCAACAACAGCAAUCGCCGCAUACGAUAGAUGCACUGCCUCCGGCGGCAGCCAAUGUAGAAGUGACCUUGCUACCCCACGAUAUCGGACGUGUGAUCGCCAAGAGUGCAGAACUCGAUUUCCUUGGCAAUUGUAACCUGGGUGUGGAGUAUACGGAUUCGCAGUCCUAGUCAUUGCCACAGUCGCAGUUGCCAUUGUGUAUGGAAUUUACUCACCAUUUACCAUUCGCCUAGUUCAAAAUCCUCUGGGAUAUUAGCUAUAGACAAAUAGGUUACCACUAAAUAUACUUAUUUUAUGUAUGUAAUAAAUAAAUUAUAACUUUU